GAUUAUUAGUGCGGUACAUAGAGGGUUUGUUUAAAUUUAUUAGAUUUUAUGAAGAUCUUAUUAUGAGCUUUUGAAUAUAGGUACAAUAUAUUAAGUAUGUUAGCAUGAUGUGAUGUUUACCUGACUGCCUCCAAAUCUGCUUUAUCAACUUGGGCCCAAAAUGGUGUGACCCGGUGGGAGUAACAGGAGACAAAAUGAAGAACCUUCUAGUCAUUAUUGUAUUUAUUUUAGUAAAAACAAUUAUGGGUGAUAUUAACAAGAUAGAUAUAGAUAGUGAUCUUUUUGUAGAAGAUAAUACUAAUGGUGUAAAAGAAGACAAAGAAAGAGAUAAAACAGAGUCUGAAGAUGAAAUCAAAUUAAACAACACAGAAGUUUGUGUUGGUGCUGUAGAAUUUUGUAAUAUGACCAAAGAAGAAUAUGUGAUAAUGUUGAAGCAAUAUAUUUAUCCACAAACGUAUGAGUGGAUAUUAAUAGGCACGCACACAGCCGUUUUUCUUGUCGGAUUGGUUGGAAAUUCUCUAGUGUGUGUUGCUGUGUAUAGAAAUCAUUCAAUGCGUACAGUGACAAAUUAUUUUCUCGUGAAUUUGGCAAUUGCAGACUUUAUGGUGUUGCUAUUUUGUUUGCCCGCUACGGUGCUUUGGGAUGUGACCGAAACCUGGUUCCUUGGAGAUAUUUUAUGCAAAAUGCUGCUGUAUUUUCAGUCAGUCUCCGUGACGGUGUCAGUUCUCACCCUCACCUUCAUUUCCCUCGAUCGCUGGUACGCCAUCUGCUUCCCGCUGAAGUUCAAGUCUACCAUCAACAGAGCCAAGACUGCGAUACUUAUCAUAUGGACAGUAUCAUUAACUUUUAAUACUCCAGAGCUGGUGGUGUUGACGACUGUCAAGACAGUACCACUUCGCUUCAACUUAGAAUACCUAGUUCAAUGUACUGCGACCUGGUCUCCAACUAGCGACCUCGUCUGGCAUAUAAUUAAAGUUGUUUUCAUAUAUACAAUCCCUCUGCUGUUGAUGACAGUGGCAUAUCAUCAAAUAGUAAGAGUGCUGUGGAGUUCCGAGAAGAUUCCUGGACAGGCUGAGACCACGAAAUUGGCAUGUGCUGAACAGACUCAACUGCGAUCCCGGAGGAAGGCUGCCAAGAUGCUGGUCGCUGUUGUCAUCAUGUUUGCUGUCUGCUACUUCCCUGUGCAUCUACUCUCAGUUCUGAGAUAUUUGCUGGACAUGGAACAGACUGACGUCAUCACCUUUCUCGCCCUUAUCUCACACGUCAUGAUUUACGCAAACUCCGCUAUCAAUCCGCUGAUUUACAACUUUAUGAGUGGUAAAUACCGGAGAGAGUUUCGCCGGGCGUUCUGUUGCGCUCCAACAUCUCACACGGACAGUCAGACGACGAUGACUCGGCUCACCUCGAGGAAGAAGGACUCUUAUAGAGCUCACCUCUGCAGACAGCAGCAUUACCCAAAUAUGUGCAACAAGUGCUUGAUAACUCACGGCUAUCGGAACUAUAUUAUUUAGACCAGCUGACGCCCGCGACUUCGUCCACGUAGAUAAAGGGUUUAUAAAAAUAAUUAGCAAGUUUGGAAUUGAAGAUUAUCUCAUGUCCUAUUUCGAGGAAGAUUGCUAUGACCUAUCAAACCUUCUAUUGGUAUGGUUAUAGCUCAGCGACGUGUAUUUCUGUUUUUCACAAAUCUCGCGGGAACCAUAGGUUUAUCCGGGAUAAAAUGUGCUGUCCCAAGCUCCGGUCUAUUGCUGUACCAAAUUUCAUCAAAACAUUUAUCAGAUUUACUAGCUUACCCGCACAUCAUUCACUUGAAUUUAUUGAUGUGAUGCAAUUUGUGUUAUAGUAAAUAGUAAUUGUAAAGUAAACGUAAUUAACAAAUAAAAAACCACUUUGAAUCAUUGAAUAUAAAUAUAAAUAACUAGACUUACUGACUUACAAUUGCCAAUUAAAAGUUCGGUCAAUUGGACAGUUUUUUCUGAAUACUUUGUCAUUGCGUGGCGUUGUAUUCAAAGCGCGGUCAAAGCACAACUGAAAGUGAGAAAGAUUUUGAGCGUGAUCAUGAGUUUAGUUGUUUAAUGUACGUCAAUGCAUUGAAUACAUAAUUUAAAAUCCAUUCUUCAACGAAAUUCUGAGAUAAGUCACCAGAAACAUACGAAAACCAGGCCAACCAUGUAUUUUACACUGUGUCUCGAUUAAGAGAAACGUAUACAAAAUAAAAAUGGCAAAGGAUCAAUGGAAUUCAACAAAUAAUAUCAAAUAUACGAUGUACAAAAAAUUCCGUAUCUAAGGCACCUUUAGAUGCGGAAUUUUGGAUACCUUUUGAAGUUUUGGCGUGAUAACACUUCAAAGAAAAGUUGUUUUAUACUUUAUGUAUAGCAUAUUGAUUGAAAUAGAUAAGAUAGCGUAGAACUUUAAGCCCGUAUGCGGUCAGUUGUUUUAGACAAAACAUACACCACCUAUUUAAUUUUAUCAUGUUGUAAUUAUACUAUUAUUUCGAUUCAAGGCCUUGCAAUUUUACUAGUGGCUAGGAUUUUUCUGCCGUGCAGCAGAAAUCUGCAAACGUUACUUACGUAUUUUAGUUUAAAGGCCGCCGUAGCUAUUGGAACGUAAAUCAACUCUCGUCUCGAGUCGAAGUUGCUUUAGACUUAGCGGAAUCGACACUAAAGAUCAACAUUUAUAAAAUUUUAAGCCAUUUACCAUUGAAGCACAACGCGAUAAGAACACUUUGAACUAAGCGUGUGAAUGAUUUUACAGAUUCAAUUUGGAUUUCACCAACAAAAACUAAACGCAGUUAAUCCUAAACGCAUUUAAAUGCUGACCACCGAAUUUUGGAUGUUCAACAUAUUUGAUCGUGUUCAAGAGCUGUCACUGUCGUUAUUGCUAGAUAGAUAGAUACAUUGACAUUUAACAUUUUUGAUUUUUUUGUAAGCAUAAUGAUGGCAGUCUUGACAGGUAUUUGAUACAUUCUAUUGUUCAUGACAUGUCAACUCAGUUUAUGUCAACACGUUCAAAAGGUAUUGGUGAAAUAGCUUUGUGCUUAGUCGAGAUCAAGACUGGCGUUUUAGCUCGCUUACGUAAAACUGAGUUUUAUUUUUGUUGCACAGUUUGAAGUGUCAUUGGUGAAAUCGCGGCAAAAAAGUGAAAAGUUGUUUUAUUCUUUAUGAAUAAAAUGUUGGUAUAGAUAAGAUAUAGUAGAACUUAUGUAGUCAGUUGAUUUAGACAAUUCUUACACCACCUAUUUAAUUUUACUAUUAUGAUUCGAGGUCGAUUUCUCAAUACAAAUGCAAUUUUACUAGUGGCUUGGAUUUUUCUGCCGUGUAGCAGAAAUCUGCAAACGUUAUUUACGUAUUUUAGUUUAAAGGCCGCCGUAGCUAUUGGAACGUAAAUCAACUCUCGUCUCGAGUCGAAGUUGUUUUGUACUUAGCGGAAUCGACACUAAAGAUCAACAUUUAUAAAAUUUUAAGCCCCGAUUUUACCAUUGAAGCACAACGCGAUAAGAACACUUUGAACUAAGCGUGUGAAUGAUUUUACAGAUUCAAUUUGGAUUUUACAAACAAAAACUAAACGCAGUUAAAUGCUGACUUGUAAACUCAGUUUAUGUCAACACGUUCAAAAGGUAUUGGUGAAAUCGCUUUUGUGCUUAAUCGAGAUCAAGACUGGCGUUUGAACUCGCUUACGUAAAACUGAGUUUUAUUGAACUCAGUUUGAAGUGUCAUUGGUGAAAUCGCGGCAAAAUAGCGAUUUUAGCAAAAUAACGCCAAAUUCUUUUAAUUUUAGUCAACUAUUCGAUUUGAUGUUAGUUUAGAUUGCGAACCUUAGAAUCAUUUAUUUAAAACGUGUUUUCGUAUCAUUUAUUUCUCUGUAAAUAUUAACUCAUAGUUGGUUUAAGAGAUGUAACGAUUAUAUUAAGUUUAUAUGUUAAUAUUUUAAGGCUAAUUUGGUUAAGGUUAUCAAUACUCUGCAGUGGUUAUAAAAUAAAUAUUUUUACCUCGAUUUA